CUCCACUCCAGCUUUCAGCUUUUCUUCUGCUGCUACGCUGGACGUAUAAAAUUUGUGCUCUUGAAUUCGCGAUUUACCGGUUUAGAAGUAUACAAUUAGUGCUAAGUUUUUUUAAUGAAUAGUGUAUGCUUUUUCUGUGUCUACAAGGAUUAUCUUCUAGUUAUAGGUUCCGUCCAAAACGUCCAAUAGUGGAAUGUGGUGAGUGUGACGCUGAGACAGUAAAGCCUAGAGAGCGAGAAAGACAUACAAAAUGUUGAUUAAAGAGUACCGUGUGACUUUGCCACUGACAGUGGAAGAGUACCAAGUGGCACAGCUCUACUCGGUGGCGGAGGCCAGCAAGAAUGAGACAGGAGGUGGGGAGGGUAUUGAGGUACUGAAGAACGAACCUUUUGACAACUACCCUCUCCUCGGGGGCAAGUACAGCAAGGGUCAGUACACCUACAAGAUUUAUCACCUGCAGAGCAAAGUACCAGGGUUUAUCAAACUAAUAGCACCUAAAGGCUCACUGGAGAUACACGAGGAGGCCUGGAACGCUUAUCCGUACUGUAAGACAGUCAUCUCCAAUCCCGGUUACAUGAAGGAAAAUUUUGUGAUUGUGAUCGAGUCGUACCACAUCGGCGACCGCGGCACCAAAGACAAUGUGCACGAACUGCCACCAGACAAGCUGAAACAGCGUGAGGUAGUCAAGAUUGAUAUUGGCAAUGAUCCUGUGUCCAGUAGUGACUACAAGCCCACGGAGGACCCCACUAAAUUCAAGUCAGAGAAAACAGGUAGAGGACCUUUGACCAACAGCUGGACAGAGAGUGUAGAGCCUGUCAUGACUUGCUACAAGCUGGUUACUGUGGAAUUCAAGUGGUUCGGGCUGCAGACUAGGGUAGAGAACUUCAUACAGAAGUCAGAGCGGAGGCUGUUCACUGUGUUCCAUAGGCAGCUGUUUUGUUGGAUGGACCGCUGGCAUGGCCUGACGAUGGAGGACAUCCGUGCACUGGAAGAGAAGACCAAGGAGGAGUUGGACCGCCAGCGCAAGACUGGCGAGGUGCGUGGAAUGAAAGCAGACACCGACUAGAUGCAGUUGUGCAGCCGGAUCUGCGUGACUGCAGCACGUAUCGCGUCGCGCAUUCCAGUAGUCCAGAUAUAUAUACUAUAGAAUGGUUUCGAAUUAAACAAAUCUGUAUUAUAGCCUUCGUAACGUAAUGGUGCAAGAUAGCAGCAUGCUCACGGGUAGCUGGAGAUCAGAGAUUGAUAACUUAUUUUGUAAACAUUAUUCCUGAAUGUUUUCCUGAUUCGUUUGAAAUUUUCACAAAAAUUUUUUACCGGUUUGCGCGGCUGCAUUGAUUUUUUUUUAUUGCAAACAGUAUUUUAUUAAAUUCCUGUACAUAGGUUUUCUUUUAUAAAUUAUGUAUCAUGUUUUGUUCCGUUGUUAACUAGUUUUAUUAUUGUAAUCUUUUUUCCAUGGAUAAAUUAUAUAGCAAUUAUUUGUUAUUUACUUUUUUUUUAUGAUUUUUGGAAAAUUUUAUAACCCUUUUGAUGCAAAAGGGUAAUAUUUUUCGUUUAAAAAUACUUCUCAAAGUUCUUUGAAUCAAAAAAAUCUUUUAAAUGCAAAUCUUAAUGUUGACUCCUUGCGAUUUAUUAAUUCCUUCACUUAGACCAAGGUGCAGGUACCCAACUUUUAUUUCCCACCUCCAAAAUAGUUGUGCUUGUCUUAUAAAAUGUUAUCAAAAUGAUAGGUAUAUAAUGAUUGUUAAAGUUGGCAAAUUGUCUAGUGAUUUAGAAGUCAAAAUGCGUUAAAACUUAUUGUAUAUAACUUCUGGUUGCCAUCUAAUAGAUGAGAGUUAAAUCUGUUGUCCAUUCAACUUAGAAGUUUUACAUUAUUGUAAAUAUGCUGGGUGUGGUGCAGAUAUAUUUGUUCUUAAUCAAAAUUGAAUUAAAACUUUGUACAUAGCUCUAGCCAUUAUAUGUUUAGAUUAAAUAAGAAACAAAAAGUUUUACGUGUUUACGGUUAGUAAGUGUUGUAUGGCAUCAGGGUUGAUUUGACACAAGGAUUUCUUCUCUACAUUAUUCUGUAAGCAUGUAAAUUGUGUGCUUGGUAACACCAACUAGUGUCCCAUUAGUGGAAAAUAAUUAUUUAUAUUUUGUUGUUAUUGUCUAUUAUUAUAAAAUAUAUAUAUUUUUAAUCGGUUUCAGUUCCCUCAUUGUUAUGUUCUUUAAAUAUAAACGUCCGAUUUAAAUUAAAUUUUAGUGAUUAAGUUUUUGAGAAACAUAAAACAUGAUGAACGAUGGAGCGCUCUUCCUCAUCAAAUGUGAUUAUCAUCGUAAUCUAAUUGUCUUCAAUAAGAAUUUAGUCCAUAGUUAAGGUUUGAUUGAAGUGGGUCAGUGAGUCAUAUACCACCAAACAGUGAAUGAAGUAAACCCUACCAGAGGCGAGCCUCUGAUUCACCUAUUCUAUAACUCCAGUGACUCACACAGUGAUUGUGUCUGAAUAUUAACUCUUACAAUAUACAGGGUGAUUGAGAAUUGUGUAACACAACUUUGACAAAUGGUUGAAAUAAACAACAGAAUUCCUGUGGCCAAAUAUUCCAUCUUUCUGUCUGUUUGUGUUUUUUAUUUUAAAAUUUAUAACAAAAAAAAGUUCAAUUUAUUGGUAUAACAUUGUUUUUCUGUACAAUCCUUUUCUUCUAUUAAAGCCAAACACUGGUGAGUGGCUCCCACUCUAAAAUCCUAUGAGUACUAAACAUCAAGCAAACAGAAUAUAGCUAAUACAUAAUAACUGAGAGUAUGCAUUUUUACUGUUCUUGCAUAUUGUUGUGUAAGGCAAUUCACAACUUUAUUGACAAUGUAAACUGUAUUGUUAAUCACAUAUUAACAAAUAAAGUACUCUACUAAUUAGGUUUUCAAUUAUUUUGAUAAUAUUUUGGAAUAUGUUAUUAAUUUUUUUCGAAUUUUAUGAAAUUUAUUUGUAAUUAAAAAAAAAACACAUUCACACAGAAGAUAGAAAAUUUACAUUUUCAUUCACAAGUUGUGUAGUAUUUCUGUUAGAUUGGACUCAAAUAACUGUUGACUAAAAUACCUUAUAAGAGUUCUGAAACACCUUUUAUGAAAUGGCUAUAAAUACACUGAAUUAUAAUUUUAUUACUGAUAAUAAUAAUUAAAAAAAAACAGCUUUGUUCUUAUUUUAAUAAAUAAUGAAGAAGUUUAUUUUAAAUUCAUUUUAAUGAACUCAUUUUGAUUUAUUUUAUGUUAAACUAUACCUUGUAAAUUUGAAAAUUUAAAAAGUUUAGUUUUUUAAACUAUUUAUUUAUUCAGAGUCUUCCGCAUGUGUUGUGAAUUUCUUGUGUUUAAUUUCUAAAUAUUAUACUGAACAGGUUUAUUCUUUCUUCUGCACUAAAAAGUUUUGUUAAUCAUGAAGUGAAGUGUGUGAACUUAUAUUGUAAUUUUUACCAUUUAAAUGUAUCUGCCCGUGUAUAUGUGUAUAUCAUGCUGUAGUAGGGUCAAGUUUAAACUUUUGAAGAUGUGCGGUAUUUAUUUUCUGGGAUAAAAUUCCCUUUUCAAACUUUAAUUCAUCAUGCUUCCCUACAACUGAUGUCGUUGAGUGAUUUGCUUUAGUGUUAAUAUUUUGAGCACAAUAACAUAUCUAGAAUAACUGAAUUAAUAACCUACCAUAUAAGUAUCAUUUGUUAAAAACUAGAUUUUGUCUCUAGGGCUGAUGUACUGUGUGAAGUAGACAACUACACAGGAGGAGGUAGGUAUAUGUAGAUGGGAUAUAAUAGUGUCAUUGUUGUGAUGCCAAGCAAUACAGAUUGCUAUGUCUACGGCAGAGGUCAUAAAGGUGAUUGCAUAACGAGACUGAUGACAGUUGGUGAAAAUUACAUCAUCUAAUAUACAAAUCCAUGUUUGGGAUGUUCAGGUAGCUGCCCAAGUCAAGUGAUAAAUUCAAGUCAUUUAUGUUGAGUUUUAGAGUUCAGAAUAUUGAAACUUUCGUGUUAAAUGAUGCACCUCAAAACUUAACAAUAAAAAUUGCAUUAAGAUUGAUUGCUAAUUUAUCUGCAAUAGUUAUUUGCCAGUUAUCUGUCUUCAAAUUAUUGAUACAAUAGGCAGAGUAUGUUGCAACUGUUGUCUUUGUAACUAAUUCGAGCAGAAAUUGAGAAUUGUACAUAACCUUCAAAUCUUUUUACACUGAUAAAAUUAAUAGUAACAUGUCUGUUAUUCUUGGAAUAUUAAAACGUUUAGACGAGACUGUGUACCUUGAUUCAUUCUGACUUAGUUAUGGAUUGUACACUAAAGGAAGGUAUGUUAUAAUGUUACGAACACACAAAUGUCCCCGUGAACACAAUGCAAAGUUGCAGUUGGUGUUGGCUUCAACCUGUAUCUGGCAUGACAGCACUUCCAGUUCACGUACUGUAGAGCUGAAUGGUGUGCAUUGAUGUUUAUGACAGAUUGAUGUUGUAUAAUCACACAUAGAACAAGCUAAGGCUUUAAAUUGCUCUGGCUUUGAUGUUAAGACGUAGUGACAAGCAAAAUAGAAAUAAACAGAAAAUUUCAGACAUUUUUCAUACUUUUGUUUUUGAAUUACAAAAUACUCACUGUACUAUUUCUGUUAGUACACAAGAGAAGUGUACUAUAGAGAAAUAAAUAGAGAAGUAUUGAAAAAGAAGCAAAAGACGUCUUAUCACCUCUCCAUAUCACUACUCAAUAGAUCUGCAUAGCUGCAUGCUUACAUCAGUACACUGGCCAUUGAAACAAAUUUGUCAUUUAUUCAUAUGUUAAUUGUUAUUUCUACCAACUUUUAGUUCCUUCAAUAAGAAAACCGUUUCCACAUUCCGAAAAGAAACGAUACUUAGGUUAGGUCUCGUCAUUCCAUUGAUUCCGAGGCAGUAACAAUAUGUGUUCCAAAAGAAUUGGUUUUAACUUGUUAUCGAUCAAACAGUACAAGGACUGUCAUUAAAUUUAUUUCAACAAACUGAUGGUACUUAAUGAAUUUUAAAAUGUUGGAAUAAAAUAUUUUUACUUAGAUAUUUUAGAUUAUUUUGUUAUUCUAGGCUUUUUGUAAUUAGUUUUUGCACUUUUUUAGUUAAAGUAUAGAUUGAAUAGGUAAUGAAAAUCAAUUUAAAUGUUUUACAACAUGCUAAACUUGCUGCGGUAACUGAAAAAAAUGUAUAAAUCUGGUAAGAAUAUCAUAACAUAUGUGCUCAGUUUACAUUUUGCAUCUCAUAACAACCUUCAAGAUUUCUCAUUUUAUAAUAUAAGGUAAAGUGAAAGUUACCAGUUACUUAAUGAAAGUGUGCUCUCAUGCUGUUCACAACAACAUUGUACGUUUGUAUGUAAUGGAUUCUGAACAUUAGGAGAUUAGACAGUUCAUCCUCAGCAGAUAGAAAAAUGAAAUGGGAAAUAUUUCUAGGUCUGCUUUUUGAUGUGUUAAAAAUGUUGUAGAUUCAAACCUCCCUUCCUCCUCUUUCACUUUCCAAUUUAAGAUUUCCAAAUAUCAAUCACUUGUUUGCAACACAUUGUUGAAAAGAUAAUUAAAACCCAAGGAUUCUGGUGAAAAUUUGAGGUCUUAAUUUUAUUUUGUAAAAAUAAUCAAGGUCAAAUAUCAAAUUAGAUAAAUUCACUUGUUCUCAUUAAAAACUUUACAUUAGUAUUAUUAAAACUUUUCAUAUUUUACUAGUAGUAAAAUAUACAACUAUGAGUUGAAAACACUGUUAAAAUAAAUCUAUGACAAAGUUUGAAAGGUAAAAUUUCUAGUGAUGCACUUAAAUAAAGGUUGUCCUUGGAAAACCAUGUGAACCUAUGUCACCAGGCAUCAGUGCUUUGCAAAAACUCAGUAAGAUUCGUCUUAUUCAUAGGAUCAUAUUUGUACCUUUCCCACGGCGUCACAGCGUGGCGAGGACAUUGAAACAGAAUUCACAAGAAUAUUCAGACAAAAUAUAUUUCAAAAUUGAAGCGAUAUAUAUACAGCACUGUUUACUGUAACAAAAUACAUAUAGUUUGAGGAAAUAUUCAGUUAUUCAGAUAUAGAGAUAAGAACAGAUACUGGACAGUAACUUAUGAGCAUCUUUUUACAGAGGUAAAUUGUUGGUUUUGACGAAUACUGUUAAGUAAUACUUGUCAAACUCAACAAGAGACAGAGUGUUUGGAGAAGUGAGUGAAUGUGACGAAGGUAUAUAAAUAAAUACUAUUAUGAUGCUUUGCAUAGAACAUAAAUUUUUUUAUGCACAUAUAAAAAUCAUUCCAUUCUAAUCUAAAGAUAAAUGAGUAUACAAUGUUCUAGCAACACAAUCAAAACCACUGAAAACCUUUAUAGCAAAAUUAUUUUUUUCUUGUAAAAGUACUUAAAAUGAUAGUAUUUUAAAUAUUUAGAUAAUCUUUUACUAGAGUUUACUAAUAAGCGUAAUUUCACUUUUACUUAUAAUUUACAUAUCUAAAUGUGACAAUUUGUACUUAAAAUUCUUGUUUUUCUUACAAUGAAUUGGAAUUUGAACAUAUUUACUGGUGAGUAUUUGAAAACCUCCAAUAUUUUACUACAUCGAAAAUAGUUUUACUAACCUAAAUACUUUUGUUUCAUUUUUCUUUCUGCAAUCAUUAAAAUUAGUAGAAAAAGGGGGAUUAUAAUCGCCCUAUAUUUGGUCUUUUCCUUGUGGUCGAUAUUCUUUCGUGUUUUAAAUAUUGACAUACUAAAAUAAGAGAUUUAAUGAGAAAAAAACCAUACCAAUGUUUAGUUUCCGAAUAAGUUGCUACUUUCUUUUUUGUGUUCAGAGAGAUCCAUUAAGAACCUACGUACGAGUUGGUGGCAGCAACGGAUUUGCCAGUUCUAGAUGUUAAUGACCGUGACACUAUCAGCAAUAAUGUGUCUGUGUAUAGUGCUCCUUGUAUGUCUUAGCUAGUAUUGCUGGCCACACAUGCCCUCCCCCGCACGGUCUUCUGCAAGCCCGUUUCAGCUGUCUAAAACUCAUUGUUCUACUAAAUUAUUAGUAGAAAAAAGUAGACAAAAAAAUCUUAGUUUGGUAGAUACAAUACAGUACAAUAAUUACCAUUGUAACGAAUAGUGUGUAAAAUCUUUAAAAAAUUGUUAUAAAUUAGAGUUUGUUACAUUUUGGAAUUGCUUUUAUAAAAAUGAGAGGUCAUUCCAAACAUGUUGAAAUCCAGUUUUAAUUCUGAAAUGUUAUUUACAUGUGAUCGUGUUGUGAUCUUCCAUGUCAAAACUAAUGUAUGUAAUGUAGUAGUGUCAAUCAGCAAGUAAUUUAUAGUGUGUUGAGCUCUUCACUAAUGUAUGAUAUUCUAAAACUAGUCUGUGUUGAAAUACUGGUUGAUAGCUGAAUCCUCGGCUGUAGCUACAGACCAUCACAUCAUAAUCCCUUGCAAUGAGCAGGAUAAAGCAUAAAUAGAUAUACUCACUUUAUAGCAAAAGAUAUAGUGAAUGUUAAACAAAAUUAUAAAUCUUAAAAAAAUGCUUUAAUCAUUACUUGUAAAUGUCAAAGGUCUACUUGUAUAAAGAUUGCAGGAGACGGGCUGGGCUGUCGGUCGUUAAUUUUUAACUAAGUUAUCGCAAAUACGGUUUAUUUAUUUAGUAUAGUUUCCAACAUGUUUUCUAAUAAAUUAGUGUUCUCUACUCUGUACAGAUGUUAGAUAGAUUCUUCUGGUUAAAAUUUUAGUGGGUGACUAAAUAAAUAAUACUAUCAGUAAUGUUAA